AUGUCAGCAACAUUUAUGAGAAUUGUCGUUCCUCUAUCACUUGUUUUAUUGUUUGUAGUUGUAUCUGAAGCAGGGAUCCUUCCCCAUCUAGUUCAUAUAGAAAUCACGAAUAGGUUAAAUGAUGAGAAAGAUUUAACCAUUCAUUGCUACGAAAGAGAAGGUGAAGAUCUCGGAGAGGCGAUCCUUCUAUCUCUUGAGAAACUCUCCUUUGUUUUUAGGCCAAGAGGAAUUGGUAAAUCGAGCAAGUAUUAUUGUAGCGUUAAAUGGAGUGGUUCAAAUCUCAAAUGGUUUGAUUUGUGGUCACAAGGAAGGGAUUAUAAGAAUUGCAGAGUUUGCAAAUGGAUUGUUACAAAUACGCAAGCUUGUGAGUUUGAUUAUGAUAAAGGAAUUUAUUCUAUUUGUGUUGUUUACAAUCAAUGA